AUGUCUGCUGAUCUUCUUGCAGAGUUCGACUCAUACUAUGUAGCCCCACAGAAGGGUAGUUCGAAAAAUUCAGGUGAUGGCAGCAGUAAGCCAUCCUCUGGCCUGAAUGAUUUAUCGUUUUUUAGCUCGAACCCUGCCUCUUCGGCGCAACCCGCCCACAAUGCCCAAUACAGCUCCCAAAGGGCCGACAUCUCGAAUUUCAAUACGCUAAGCGGCUUCGAUGCGGGGGGUUCUAGGGAGGCGAACAGGCAAGAGGCACAGGAUGACGGUGAUACCUGGGGAGAUUUUGAGAGCCCAAUCGCUGAGUCGGAGGCGGUCAAAAGCACCAAUACACAGGGACCUACAGACCUAUUUGGCAGUGGCAUGCAUAGCAUUGGGUCGGGGCAUGGACAAGUGACAGACGAGUCAAGAUACGGCGCCGCGAGGGUUACGACAAGUCCACAGGGCAGAUUCUUACCCAAUACAUCCAACGUAGCCCAGUCGUCCGCUGCAGGAUUCCAUACCAAGUAUCCGCCAAAUCCAAAGCCGAGUUCCACAAGUUCUGUGCCAGCAUCUGUAUUGCCUAAAGAUCCAAAUGUGUUAUUUGAUGCCGAUAACGUCUCGGACGAUGGUGACUUUGGAGACUUUGAGACUGUGGUUACACCACCACAGAAACAAUGGCAAGGUGGAUAUACAAACGACAGUUCUACAUUAGCUAUAUUUAAUGAUGCUAAAGACCCGCUACCUUUAUCCUCCAAGUCGCGUCCAUUGAACCCCUCUCUUGCCACGGAGAUACCACAAUCAGCCUCAUUGCAGGAAGAUAUCCCAUUCGCAGGGUUGGACCUCAACGGGGGCAGUACUGGUGCCAAGAAGCAGCGAGACACAACUUCGCCUUCGGACCUGGCACGUCCUCGCACAGGUGCUGAAUCCUUCCAUGGUUCGUUUGGGAAACCAGAUAUGCAACGAGAAAGCAGGGCCAACAAGGGCGUACAGUCGCCUCCUCCAAUUGUAAAAGAGAACACCUCGAAGCAUACCGGCGAUAAUUCCUGGGACUGGGAUGCAGUCGAGGUUGCGCCUACCCACGAAACAGUGCAGCCAUCAAAGGAAGACCCGUGGGCCUGGGACGUGGCAGAUACCCAACCAAAGGAAGAUCAACCUUCUUCACCAAGCGCCCCACCGCCUACCAACAUCCCUCCGCCUUCCGUGCUACUGACUAUAUUCCCCCAGCUCCUCGAUCUCUCGCAGUCAAGCCUCUUUCGACCUGUGUCAAGCCAGCCAUUUUCGCUCAAGAACAGGAUCCUGUCCGACCCAUCAACGAUCAACUUCAUAAAAGCUGAUGUUCUCCUGGCAACCGUUGCAGGACGGAUUAUAGCUGGCCGUAAGUACCGCUGGAAACGCGAUACACAUUUAUCACAGGCUAUGAAGAUUGGGCCCGCUGCGGCUGGAGGGAAGGGUGGCAUGAAGCUUGUAGGAGUCGACAAAGCUGAGAUAAGCCGCGAGGACCGAGAGGCAAACGAGUUUAUUCGAACAUGGCAAGAUCAGGUGGGCCGUCUCCGUUCAGCUGUUGCCAUUGCCAAUUCUAGCAUCCGAGAUACCUCGGGGCAUAUAAUAGUCCCUGAGAUCAGUGGCACGAUGCCAGUGCGCACAGCCACUGCGGCAGAAGGUGCUGUUACUGCUCCAAAACCCUGUUUCAUUUGUGGCCUAAAGCGGGAUGAACGGAUUUCCAAAGUCGACGUUCAAGUGGAGGACAGCUUUGGGGAGUGGUGGGUUGAGCAUUGGGGCCAUAAAGCUUGUAAGAACUUUUGGAUGGAGCAUGGUAGCAAAUUAAAACACAAUUGA